CGUCCCGGAGCAGUCGAGCGGAACCAAGAGCCCGCGGUCUAAGUUCCUGCCGGAGCCUGAAACACAGCGAGCCAGUUCUUGGGCGCAUGCUCGCUGCAUGCUACAGCCCUCACCCGGCGCAGGUACGGGAGUGGCCCACAGCGCCAUCCUCCCAGCUCCGGGUCCCCCGCCCUCCGCGGCUUCAGAGAUUGUUGAACGGUGUCGGCCUCGAGUCCUGUCGACUUCGCGCCUCCCCCGCGACUCAGAGGCAGAGUGACCUUGGCCGUUGUACAACUGACCUAGGAACCAGAUGAGCAGAGACAUCUGCGUCCACACCUGGCCAUGCUCCUAUUAUUUAGAACUUGAGAAGCAAUGGGUCCCUGGAAAACUUUCAUUAACUUCUCUCUCACUAAAAUUUAUGACUGAUAAAACUAGAGAAAUUCUUGUCAACUUUCCCCUUUCUAGUAUAAUUGAGAUCAAGAAAGAAGCUUCUCAUUUUAUCUUCAGUUCUAUUACCAUCCUGGAAAAGGACCACAACAAGCACUGGUUCAGUUCCUUGCAGCCUAGUCGAAAUGUCGUUUUCAGCAUCAUUGAGCAUUUCUGGAGAGAGUUGCUGUUGUCCCAGUCAGGAGCUGCUGUUGAGGAAUCAUCCUCCCCCAUGACCAAGGGGAAGGAGUUGACUGGUCUGAUGGCCUGUACCCAGAAGCGUCUGGAAGACACAGCCAGAGUCCUCCACCAUCAGGGCGAGCAGCUUGACAGUAUCUCGAGAGGCCUGGACAAGAUGGAAUCUGACCUGGAUGUGGCUGACAGGUUGCUGACAGAACUGGAGUCUCCUUCUUGGUGGCCCUUUAGCUUCAAGCUUUGGAAGAUGCCAUCAGAAACAAAGCCCAAGUGGGACGCCUCAAUGGCUAGUUCCAAAGCUUUUGGAAAAGAAGGGAUAGUGAUCAAAAUUCCUGCUGUUAUUUCCCAAAAAACAGAAUCUCAUGUUAAACCAGGAAGGCUCACCAUCCUUGUUUCUGGGUUGGAAAUCCACAACUCAGAUUCUUUGCUCAUGCACAGAUUUGAAAGAGAAGAAGUAGAUGACAUCAAGGUUCAUACACCUUAUGAAAUUAGCAUCCGCCAGCGGUUCAUUGGGAAGCCAGAUAUAGCUUAUCGUUUGAUAUCUGCCAAGAUGCCAGAGGUUAUCCCCAUUUUGGAAAUGCAAUUCAGCAAGAAGAUCGAGUUUUUAGAAGAUGCCUUGAUGCUCAGAAGCACUAGAACCUCUCCCCUAGCAGAGAAGGGCUACUCAGUCUGGCAUGCAGCAUCUGGGCUGAUGGACCAUGCCAUGCACUGUGAGCCCUCCUCAGGGAGCCAUGAAGGGAGGCCACUUCAGCUACAGACGAGCGAACCGUUAAUUUCCGAGGGGGACAGCCAGGAACUGAGACAGAUCCUGAGGAAACUAAAAGAUCUCGCGUUGGAUGCCGAAACAGAGCUGGAGAGACAGGAUGAGGCCUUGGAUGGCAUCACUGCAGCUGUGGACCGGACAACCUUAACCAUUGACAAGCACAAUCGACGAGUGAAAAAACUGACCUAGAAGGACAAGAAAGCAUAGAGUUGACUAGUCCCACCUCAGCACAGAGCACAGCAGUCCUUGGACUACAUCACUCCAUCUGAGUGGCCCGCCAGUGUGAGUCACAGGUCACAGCGCCCAGUAACUACGGAAGACCAGCAAUCUGUGCCCUAUCCAGUGGACACCAAACAGUACUGCUUUCAUCAAGUUUUGGGGCCACCAUAAGAACUUUUUACUCUUCUCCCAGUCUUCUGCUUCAGUCACAGACCCUGGACCUUUCACACCCCAGGGAGGAGUUUCCCAGGAUGUGGGACUUUGGCAUGAACACUAGGAUGUCACUUCCCUGUCCUGGGACCUGAGGAACCCUAGUGAAUGCAGGGUCCACAUGGUCCCUCUGAAAAGGCACAGCGGUAAAGAAAUUCAUUAGCCAAAGUGGCUUCACAGCGCUAAAACCUCCCACGUGUGUUUCUCAAAUAAGCAAGGCACACACAUCCUUUGUGGGGGCAUACUACACUAGUUUCCUGUGCUCUCCCAGCUCCACCUCCACUGCUUCCUCCCUCCAUGGGAGAGGGACCGCAUGCUCAUCAGAGCACUCCAAGGACUAGCUGGGAAGGGCACAGGAUGUGCACAGCCACGGGGCUCCCUUCAGCCCAUCUGCUGCUGGCUUUGAGCGGCCCAAUGCCCCACCGGACACCAGGGGCCCUGUUCUUAAUGCACCACCCAGGGAAACUUGGGUCGAGCUCUGGACUCUGGGAAGGCUGAGGAAGCUGGCUCAGACAUAGAAUUUCUCUUGGAAGGACAGGAGUUGUGGCACCCCAAGUUCUCUGCAGAGCAGCAGAGAACGGUAUCACCAUCUUCCCCGGUAUCACCCCCCACUCCUGCCCCCCAGGGCGGGGUGCCACUCCUAGCUGGCCAGGCUUUGGCUCCUGGCUGGCUGAGAGCUAAGGAUGGGGGAAGGAAAUGUGCAGUGAGACAGCUACGCCAGCUCACCUAGGCCCAGGAUCCAGACAGGGAUGGUGACUCCCGCGGGUGGGCCCACACCCAGCUCCUCACUCUAAGGGGCAGUAGGACCCUCAUGGCCUCAUCUCUUGGACCCCGUCCUCCCUGAGUGCUGUCAGUUCCUCCCCAAUUGCUGUUGGUCCCACUCCCCACUGCAGUAUACGCAGUGCCUUGUUACAGCCAAAGGAAGCCUUUGGGCCAAUUUUCCACUGAGGAAAGGGAGGCUGCUGUCCGUCCUCCCUUCCUAAGCCUGGCUCAUCUUCUCCUUGAGUGAUGGACGAUACUGCACAGAGCUCAAGGAGAGGCAGCUCAGGAGGGUUUAGGAGGAAGAGAGGCUCCCGAUUUAAUCCCCACCCCCUGACAAAGGGAAGGGAAGCUGAGGUUCUGCAGAAGGAGAGUGAACCAUCCCCUAGGCUGCCCAGGGCCCCGCUGUGGUGAGAGCCAAAAACAGUCUUACCCUGAGAAGGAGCAUAGGGGAGACAACCUCUGAGUCCACCGUCUGGGCAGAACCAUCCUGCCCAGGAGGUCAGGCGUUUCUCCCCAGCUCUAGUCCUGUAUUUUCAGGUCUUCACUGAAAGAGGCCAAAUGAGUUUCAAAAGGUUUAAGGAAAUCAAAAUUAAAAAGUAGAAAAAUUCACAAAUACAGAAUCUGCAAAUAAUGAGGGUCAACUAAUUAAUGGUUUGUGUUUACUUUCUCUCAGGAAGGAUCAUGCUGGCUUAAAAUAAAAACAUGUAUAUGGAAUGCUUAAAACUGGAAAAAAGCUUAGGAAACUCUGGCUUGUGGAGGAGGAAACAAACCAGGAUACUGGGUGGAGUCACCUUGGGAGGCUAGGCCAAGGCCAAACGGGCAUGUGAAUACCUACUUUUGUCAUAUCUCUGGAUGAAUGUGGGCAAGCUGAAGAGUUCACGGCAGAAAUAGGUUUUUCCCACACACCACCUUCCAUGCAGAUCUGUCUGGGGUCCUUCUUUAAGGUACUAACUGCAUGCUGCAGUUCUGGAACCCUCCUGGUUCUUCCGUGACCCACAAACAUUGGAACUAAAUGUCUGCAUAGAUUAGGGAUGGCUCCAGGGUCCUUGCAAGCGUUGGGUGCUUCUUUACUGACUUUUCUAAUUUAUAAUUAAAAAUGCAAGCAGCUGUGUGGAGCUUUGCAACACAAGUUUUCCUUCCCUGGAGCUUCUGGAUCAGUGUCUUGAUAUUGCAAGGCAAACUUAAAAACAAAACAUUAAAUUUCCUGUAAAACCAACAAAAUAAAUUGUAGCUGAGACUGACCAUAAAACAGCCUCUUCCUUGACUACCAUGGUAAAAGUCACAGUUUAAACACAUAGUAGUAAGUAUAUCAUUAGACUGCUUUGAAAUCAAGCUUUAAAUCCAUGAUCUCCUCUCUGGGAUUGUUCUUCAAUUGCAAUUCUCAUCUUAUUUAUGGAUUGACCAUUAAACAUUAAUUCCUAUGAUAAUAACUGGUCCUGAAGAACUGUUUGCAGUAGUAACUGUGCAGACACAUUCUCACCAGGUGCCCUGCAGGGUGGGAGCCUGUGCACGUCCCCUCCAGAACUGAUGUUUGCCUUUUAGUACACCUUGUGGUGAUAUACUCAAAACUAUUUUAGCAGAUAUUCUUUGUGAGAGGAAAGAAGAGGGGAAAUUUAUGCUGGAAAAAUAGUUUUCUUCCCUAGUUACUUUUUAAUCUACAUAAGGAGAAGGAGGUUAUUUUCAGGUCAAACUCUGACUUGCAGACACAGCUAGAGUGUUUGACUCUGGAAGCCCAUGCUCCAAGGGCCAUCAGAAGAACUUUCUGGCCACGCAUGCCCUGAGGAGCAAUGCCAACCAUGAGCUGCUGUCAAGUUUCAUGUCUUCCUAUGAUGUCAGGUACCUUUGUAAUGUUAUGCAAUGUUUCUAUACAUUCAGGAUUUUGUCACACAAACUUCCUUCCCAUGGAACUGGGCCCAGAAGGAGGAGGUUGUGUCUUCAUCACCUUUGGUGGCCACUCCAUGGAAGCAAGCCUUCCAUCACAUGGGCUCCUGGAGCAUGUGCUACUCCACUAAAACCAAUGUGGGAGAGCUGUUCUGGGACUUCAUCCCCCACCAACUCAGAGGUAAUUAUGCAGUUAUUUAUUCAUAUGUGCGUGUGUGUGCGCACACAGAGGCAUACACACACACAGACACAUAUGUGCAGACAGACUCAGGCACAUGAUGCUCAUGGAGACACAGAUAUGAGGAGACCUGCAGUCCCACACAGAAACAUGCAGACACACAGACACAUGGAAACGUGCAGGCACAUGCAGACAGGCACACACACAGCAUAUACUCAGUGUACCUUGUUCCAAAAGUUUUUAGAGCAGCUUCUAAAGGAUGCAUAAAAUAUCUCAGAAAAUAGAUUAGUUACAAGAAAGAAAAUUUGGGAAAAGGAUAGUGACUUCAGAUGGAGGUAGGAAUAAAAGCUAACAGAAAGCAUAACGAUGCUAAUGCAGUGACAGCUAGCUCUCCUACAUUACUCACCAUGUGCCUGGGCUGAGGCAUGUGUGAUUAUCCUGCGAUCCCCAGGUGAGAAGCUGCAUGUUCAGCCACCUCUUCGGGCAUCUUUUGAUGGUGUCAUCAUGUGAAGCACAGAACCCUCCAUCAGGAACCCCUCUGAGCCACGUUUGUGAGCAGCACCAGGCAAUGCCUCGCACAGGUCGGUGCCUCUUGGUGACAGAACGGGAUUCCCUCCUGAGGUCUCUGUGUGUGUGCUCUGCUCCCGCAGCCUGGGUCUGGCAUCUCUCAUGCCCCAGAUGAAUGCUGUGGCUUUGGCAUUUACAAAGGCCAUUGCUGGAGCAUUGUGGGCUGUUCUCUUGGGCCCAAAUACGGUUUGGAGUCAGAGAAGAUAUUUUAAGGAGGAGUGGGGGGUGGCUCAUGUUUGGACACCCCCUGUGUCACCAUCUCUGUCCUUUUUGUUCAGAGGAAUGAUUGGCAGCCAAGAGACCUGUCCCAGCUGUGCGGCCAUGUGGUCCCAGGCAUUUCCUUCCCUCUCCAGGCCUUUCCAGCUUGGCCACCUGGUCAGUAAGGGCCUGCUGCUUCUUGGGCCCUUUAUUUAUUUAUUUUUUGAGGCAAGGAAUACGACUUUAUUCGGAAAGCUGGUAGAUCGAGAAAUGGCAGACUAGUGUCUCUGAAAAACCAUCUUCGGGCCCUUUAAAUGAGCUUGUUUUUCUGGUCAGACUAGACUCCGCACUCACAUGAUGGGAAUAGAAACCACAGGCGGGACCUCAGAACAGAACAGGUGCAAAUCCUCAACUGAUAGAUGCCACCUGGCAGCCUGGAAAAGCUAGAGUGGAAGAGAAGCAAAAACUCAGGUAAAACCCCACCAAGUGAACAGGAUCCUCAUGGGGCAGGUGCAUGAUCAGGAUCCUGCCAGUCUUUGCAGCACUCAUACUGUCUGAAGCUCUCCUGUUUGCUUAAAUCCUUAUCCAUCCCCACCCAACAACUGCGGUGUAAGACCCAUAAGACCUGGGACUUUAUCCAAAAUUAUUGAUGAGUGAGUUGGAGGUUCCAUCUCAGGUGCCCAUUGGGCCUCAUAGGCAGCCUGAGUGAGGUGGAGCAGCCCAAAUGAGAGGGAGCAGCAUGAGUGAGAGGGAGCAGCCUGGGUGAGGUGGAGCAGCAUGAGUGAGAGGGAGCAGCCUGAGUGAGAGGGAGCAGCCUGGGUGAGGUGGAGCAGCCCAAAUGAGAGGGAGCAGCAUGAGUGAGAGGGAGCAGCCUGGGUGAGGUGGAGCAGCAUGAGUGAGAGGGAGCAGCAUGAGUGAGAGGGAGCAGCCUGGGUGAGGUGGAGCAGCAUGAGUGAGAGGGAGCAGCAUGAGUGAGAGGGAGCAGCCUGGGUGAGGUGGAGCAGCAUGAGUGAGAGGGAGCAGCGUGAGUGAGAGGGAGCAGCCUGAGUGAGGUGGAGCAGCCCAAAUGAGAGGGAGCAGCGUGAGUGAGAGGGAGCAGCCUGGGUGAGGUGGAGCAGCAUGAGUGAGAGGGAGCAGCCUGGGUGAAGUGGAGCAGCCCAAAUGAGAGAGAGCAGCCUGGGUGAGGUGGAGCAGCCCAAAUGAGAGGGAGCAGUAUGAGUGAGAGGGAGCAGCCUGGGUGAGGUGGAGCAGCCCAAAUGAGAGGGAGCAGCAUGAGUGAGAGAGAGCAGCCUGGGUGAGGUGGAGCAGCCCAGGUGAAGUGGAGCAGGUAGUGAGACAGAGGCCUCAAGAGAGGAGAAGGUCCAAGGCCUGCACAUGUGUACUUCACUCUCUGAGCAACAGCAUGCUGGAGUUGAGUCACAGCUAUAGUCCCCCAAGGGACAGUUUGAAGGGUGCUCAGCUGUCAUACUUGGUUGUUUCUGUCCAAGCCUCAUCAACCAUGCGGUUUCCUUUAAUAAGGACAGGAGCACAUCGUGUAAAUCUUUCCCAUCCUCCCCAGUGGCCCCCGGUGGCUUUAAUCUAGCUGAUUAUGGUCUCUGUUACAACUAGGUACUUAACUCUGCCAUUGUAGAGUAGAAGCAGCCAGCGACAAUACAGAAACAAAGGGGUGUGGCUGUUCCAAUAAAACUUCACUUAUAAAACAGGUGGCAGCCAGACUUGGCCCACGGGCCAUAGUUUACCAGCCCGUCCUAGAUCAUCUCAUCAGUUUACACUCAUGCUCUAAGACCAUCUUAAAACAGACACCCUCCCCACAUCCCCGCAGUCCUCUCCACUUACUGCUCCUCCAAGAGACUCCAAAUGCUUCCCUGUGCUUGCCCCCCAGCCACCUGCCAGGAAUCUCCCCCUCUAGACAGGCUCCUGUCCCCGCCACUCAUUGACACUUAACAUCUACCUCUGAGGUGCUUGGAGGGUACCACCUAUGAAUUCUAUCUGUGAUGUCCUGUGAGGGGACUGAACAACGGGAUACAGGGUGGGCUCACCACUGUAGAGAGGCCCACAGUGAGUGGGAGCUCCGUGUACACUCACAGUCAGGUUUUUGCAGUGGGGAAGGGGACACCUGGGGUCUCCUGACCAGAGUGGGACUCUGGGUGCUGACCAAGGGGUGCUCUGAUUCACAAAUCGUGCAGCCCUGGAUGCCUAUGGAGUGUUGACAAACUGCUGGGAUGUAACGGGGUUUGCAGAGGGUGGCAGAGGGGCCUUGGCUCAGGAGGACAUGCUGGAACUUCCCUAGUCAGAGACAGCAGGGCAGGCCAGGCCCAGGGUCCAGGAAGCUGCUCUGAAUCCCAGUUCCUCUUGGCAGAAUCUAGACUCAGGUCCCCAGAUGCUGGAGAGGCACUCGGUGGGCUCUGUGGGGCAGAGCAGUAGGGGUGGGAUGUCUGGGCUGCAGUCUGGAGGAGAGAGGGAAGGGACCAGCUCCUGCUGUCCCUCAAGCCUGCUGCUGACCCAUGUGAUGGACCGGAAACGUAAUUUAGAAAAUCCUCAUGGCAUCCCCGGAACUAGACUGGCCUGCUGCUUCCAGGAAGGGUGGAACCGCCCUCUUGUCCCCUGGGGUGGGCCAGGACCAGUGGGACCACCAAGAUGACUCACAGGAGGGCCAAAGGCCCACAGCCAAUCCCAGCCUUGAGUUUCUGGUGUCUUAGGCCCACAGGUAUAUGCUCUCUCCUGGGCAAUCAGGCCUGGGCUCUGCAGUCAGGGUUUUCCUUGUGCUUAGGCAACCCCUGGGUUGGCUGGGACUGACAUACACGUCACCUCCUUUAACCUGCCCCCUAUUGCCCUUGGAGGGGUCCCUAUACCCCAGGCUGGCUGCACUCUCUGAGUAGGGAUGGACCUCCUGAAUGAAUGAGAGGGUGAUGCAUGAAAGAGAGCUGUACAGGCAGGAGAGAGGCCCGAACUUGCCCUGGGCAGCUAGGAGCUGGGAUCUCCCAGGUACCCCCAGCAGCCGGUCCUCAGGCCAAGUGGGUCUUGCAGCCCCAGCUUGGCCACCAUGUCCCACCCAGACCCUGCCCCCCCCACUCUCGCCUGAACUCCCCACACCAAGGAUGCUAAGCUCAUCAGUCCCCUCCUGGCCCUGCCCCAACUCCCCAGAGACCCCUCCCAGGCAGGGACCUUACCUCUCUCUGCCAGCGGUUCCCGGCACCCUGCUCCUGCCCUCUCCUGCUGCACAAGCUUGGCCAAGACCCCCAAGGAACCGGGAUAGUUCCUCCUCUCAGAGCUCAGCACAGGCUGUUCCUCCACAUAGCCUCCUGGCCCACUGGACCCCAGGGCUUCAUCCCUCAGAAGGGCUAAAAGAGGUGGGCUGCUGCCCAGGGUCUCACCCAGUGCUGCUGCCUCUGGCCCCGCGUUGUCUCUUGAAAGUUUUUGGAAAGUCCUGAAUGGUGAGGUACUCAGAGUAUCUGAUUUCACACAUCCUCGACAGACUUCAAAAACAGGAGUGGCUGGGAUCUCUGCUUCCUUCUCUGGAGUUAUCCUGCCUUAGCAUCCAGAGUGUGGGCUUCCUGAGGGCCGUGUUGGUUUUCUGGGUGUCCUCCCCUCAAAGAGCCAGUUGAAGGAGGAGGCUCAGCUGUAGCAUCCAGCACAUCAGUGGAGUUGCUGGGUCACAGAGGGGAGGGGCUUCAGGGAUGCAGGUGAGGCAGGGGAAGGGGUGACACCCUCCAGCACCUGAGGCUCACUCCUUCAGGGUCUGUACGGCUCUGAACCCUCCCUGCCUCACCUGGGUUUCAAGGUACAAAUACAGAUUCCUGGGCCCCACAACAGACCAGGACCAGAAGCCUAGGGAGCCCAGAGAUCUGCAUUUGCAGCCUAAUGACUCUGAAGCCUGUGGCGUGUGAACCCCUUUCUCCAGAAACGAUAGUACCCAGUUACUAAGACCCCUUCCCCUGAAAAAUGUCUGACGGAAGUACUCCUUGUUCCACAUGACCCACGCAACCAGGGAGUGGUCACCCAUCAUGGCAGUGUGCCCUGGCCGUGGGCUCCAUGACUGGGGUUAGGGCAGAGUAGGCUAGAGGACUCACCUGUGGUAGGGUCUGGAGGGUGUGGCCCAGGGCCUGUGGGUGCAGUAGAGGGGCCAAGGGAGACUGCUGAAAAGGCCGCAGGGUGACCAGGGCCCUGGUAGGGGAGGGAGCCUCAGUUUGGACACCUCUGAGCUUUCCCUGAGGGCUGGUCCAGAGGCACUAAGACAGGUAUCACUGAACUUGUAUGGACCAGCUGGCCUGCCUGGGGUGGGAGAUGGCUCCCUGAAAGCCCAGGGUGGGCUAUGAUGCUGGGUACAUGGGCCAGGGGCUUCCAAGUCCUGGGCCCCACCCUCAGGCAGCAAUCUGGUGUCCACUGGGGGAAGCCAACACUACAGGCAGGUUUGCUGACCCCCCAUGGCCAUCUACCCUAGGCAGGUGUGGCUUGGCCCUGUCUGACUCUCCUCCUGCUCCUCGCCUGUCUUGAGUCAGCACAGGGGCCUGGGGUGCAGAGGUGUCGAUGAGGCUGAGGUGCUAUGGGGGAGGUCCCACCCUUCCUGGGACCCCCCAGUCCACACUGAGCGGGCUGUCAACAGUCUCUGAGAAGACACCACUGGUGGUCCUCUCAUCCCUACAGGACAGAGUCUCUGCUCCUGUCCUACUGCACUCUCUCUCUGUGCACCUUGUCCUGGUCACCCCCAACUAUCCCACCUGCCCUUAUACUUUUUAUUGAGGUGAAAUUUGCAUAACAUGCAAGUAGCCAUUUUUAAGUAACCAUUUUAAGUUCAGUGGUGUUUGGUGCGUUCACAAUGUUGUGAAGCCACCAUCUUUAUCUAGUUCCAGAACAUUUUGUUACCCCCAAAUAAAAUGCCAAUAAACAGUUUCUCCCCAUUCCUUUCCCCCUGGCCCCUAGCAACCACCAACUUGCUUUCUGUCUCUGAAUUUACCUACUCUGGACAUUUCAUAUAAAUGGAGUCAAAUAAAAUGUGGCCUUUUGUGUCUGACUUCUUUAACUUAGCACAAUAUUCUUGAGAUUCAUCCAUGUUGUGGCAUGUGUCAGUACUUCAUUCCUUUUUAUGGCUGAAUGAUCCAUUGGUGGAUAUUGGGCUGUUUUCAUUUUUUGGUUAUUGUGAAUAAUGCUGCUGUGAACAUGGGUGUACAUGUAUUUGCUCGAGUCCCUGUUUUCAGUCCUAGGGACUCCAUCACCUAGGAGUGAAGUUGCUGAGUCAUAUGGUAAUUCUAUAUUUAACUUUUUGAGAAACCAUCAUUCUGUUUUCCACAGUGGAUGUACCACUUUACAUUCUCAUCAGCUGUGUACACAGAUUCCAAUUUCUACACGUCCUUGCUGACAGUUGUUAUUCCCCCCCACACACACCCUUUUUCUUGUAUCUCAGCAUGUGUAAAGUAGUAUUUUGUUGUGGUUUUAAUUUGCACGACCCUAAUGACUGAUAAUAAUGAACAUCUUAUUAUGUGCUUGCUGACCAUUUGUAUAUCGUCUUUAAAAUGUCUAUUAGUCCUUUGCCCAUUUUAACUGGGUUGUUUGUCCUUUUGUUGGUGAGUUGAAAGAAUUCCUUAUACUGUAUACUAAACUCUUUUCAGAUAUAUGAUUUGCAAAAUUUUUCUUCUGUACAUUGUCUUUCACUUUAUUAAUAAUGUCCUCUGAUACACAAAAGUUUUUAAUUUUGAUGAAGUCUAUUUUUCUUUUAUUGCUUGUAGUGUCAUAUCUAAGAAUUCAUUGCCAAAUCCCAGAUCAUGAUUUGUCCCUGUGUUUUCUUCUAUGAGUUUUAUAGUUUUACAUCUAGGAC